UCCCUCGGUUGAAUGAAACUCGGAGGUAAUAACGCGGCUCCGUAGACGCUAUCUCCAAUGGUUUUAUCAGCCUCGAUAAGACUGAGUCAUUUAGUCACCGCGAUACGCUGUGUCGUGCCGCAUCGUGUUGUAUGCUCAAUUACUACUGAUGUAAAUAUCAUUGCGCGUUUGUACCCUCUAGUUGUGCUGAAUGUCAACGAUGAUUGAGCGUGGACUACGCUCGCAGCGCACACCGAUCGUUCGCCUAGCUCGGCGAGCCGCUCCGUCCGUUUGAGAACUUAGUUUGCCGCUUCCUUCGGUCGAAUAAGCACGUCCUUCAGUCGGUUUAACAAUUAAUCGGCCGUGGAACAAAGAAGAUAUUCCAGCCACAGCUCUACUCAUCGUUCCAAACGCCCUUCCUCUCGCUCUCUCCCUUCGCCGUACAGGGGACAUACGUUUCUCUUUUUCAUCGACCCGGCUUCCCCCUUAAUAACUCGCGGCUAUUUUUGCGCCAUACACCGCGGCGAGGCGAGCGGCAUGGAGUACAACGACACGCUGCUUAUCCCAGGCCAGCAGAUACGUCCGCCCGUAACCGAGGCGACGGCGACCGGUCUGCUGGAGCGGCUCUACGGCAUGAGGGCGAUGAGCGUGCGAGAGCUAAACGCUUACGACGACCGCAACUACCACGUGAUGUGUGAUGGGCCGCCCGCGAAUCCGCAUGCGGUCGGUCUGGAGAAGACCGGCUAUGUCCUCAAGGUGAUCAACUCCUUGGAUUCUCUCAAGACCGAUGUGAUCGAGGCGCAGACGGAGCUGAUGAUCUUCCUCAAUCAGCGAAACAUCUGCUGCCCGUUGCCGGUGAAGAACGUGAACGGCGCGUACUACUCUCUGGAAACCCUGAAGAGCGAGAAUACCAUGGAGAAGUACGCAGUGAGACUGUUGGUCUAUCGUCCUGGCGAGCUGCUGUAUCAUGUAAAGAUAACCGACGAGUUGCUGCGCAAGGUUGGCGGUUUCACCGCGAGGAUCGACGAGAUCCUCGCGGACUUCAAUCAUCCCGCUUACGACGAUCACAAAUCACUGUGGAUGUUGACCUCGGCGCCGCGAGUGUUGCAGUUCACGCACGCGAUCAAGAGCCCCCUGGAUAAGCAGCUGGUGCACGACGUGAUCGUUAACUUCCAGAAGAAAGUGUUGCCCAUCACGAAUCAUCUAGAGCAAACGAUCAUACACGGUGAUCUGAAUGAGCAUAACAUCAUCGUGACUCCGGACGGCAAAGAUAUAGCGGCGGUGAUCGAUUUCGGUGACUCUCACAGGACUUGUCGUGUUUUCGAAUUAGCCAUAGUUCUCUGCUACAUGAUCCUGCAAACGGCUGACGUAGAAAUGGGUAAGUACGUCCUGGAGGGUUACCAGAAAAUCAGAAAGCUGACCGACGUGGAGAAGGAGAUUCUCAAGAUCAGCGUGUGCGCCAGGAUAUGCCAGAGUUUGGUAAUGGGCGCUUACUCGUAUAUGCGCGAUCCCGACAAUCAGUAUUUGCUGAGCACCCAAAAAACCGGCUGGAUGUUACUGAAAAGAUUGUGGCCCAUGACUCAAGAGGAGGUGAUGCGUGCUUGGGGAUUGGAUUGACUAUUUCCUAAACGAGCAAUAUUCAUCACUGUGCUGAGUUAAGCAACUGCAAAUAAGAUCACUCGCUGUUUUGAUUUAUUUUGUAUGAUUGAUUAUACUUUUGUAUAAUUUGUAGUUUUACUCAUCCAAUUCAAUUUCUGAAAAAUAAUUAAGAUAAUGCUUUUAUGAGGGAUAAUGGAACAGAGUUGAGAGAUAAAACUAUCAUUACUAGAUGAUAGAUCAAAGAAAGCGGUAUCAAACUCGAAACAAUAUAUAUAUAUACUAUAUACUUGUAUAAAUUAUAUAUGUAUAGUAUAUAUAUACUCAAUGUAUACUCGUUUUGAUGUUAAAUAGCAACUGCAUUAUUGGGCAACUGUAAUCAUUUAUUUUGACAUUGCACAUCGUUAUUAUAUGUGCAUUGCAUAUCGCUAUAUAUAUCUCGAUAUAU